CUUUAUCACAGAAAGAGAUGAAGCUGCAGAAGUACCUCUUGCGAAACACCUGCAAUGGCAAUUUAUUAAAUUUUUUUCUGCUUUUACUCUUAUACGUUCCUUCUGUGCUUACGUGUCCGAGGAAUAAUAAUAAUAAUAAUAAUAGGCCAAGAGAAUACGAAGGGAGAAUUUUUAUUGCAUCUCCUAAAAAAUUAUCUUUAGAUAGAAACGAAAGGAUAUCCGUAAUAGCCUAUAAUGUUCCUGACAAUGAAGUAAUGGACGUUACAAUAAAAGAUUUUCCUGGAAUGACAAAAAUAUUUUCAUCUAAGAGAGUUUCUUUAAAAAAUGGAGUUCCAGUUUUUAUGGACUUUAAUUUACCUUCUAAUGAAAUUUUGAAGUAUAUGGAAACUAAUAUAUUUGGUAUAUUAUACUUGAAUGUUUAUGUGGAAGCUAAAAUAGGAAACAAGUUUGAGAGCAUUAUGAAAGUACCUGUUGCCUAUAGUAAAGGAUAUGUUUUUCUUCAAACGGACAAACCAAUUUAUAACCCACAACAAACAGUACAAAUUCGAAUUAUUGCACUAAACGAGAAGCUGUUACCUGAAAACAAUGAAGUUCGAGUGCAAAUAAAGAAUCCUCAAAAUAUUAUUGUUCAAGAAACCCUUUUUAGAGAGCCAUGGAAACAAUCCUCUGGUCAGUUUCCUAAAAUGAAUUUUACCUUUCCACCAUUCUCCAUGUUAGGACAAUGGAGAAUAGAAGCCUCGUAUGGAAUUAGAUUUCAGAGACAAACGUCUGUGUCAUUUCACGUUGAAGAAUACACAUUACCAACAUUUGCUGUGAAGCUUCGAGUGCCAAGCGCGAUAUUGUCUAAAGAUGAAAAAAUUGAUAUUACUGUACAGGCUGAGUAUGUUUAUGGAAAAAAAGUUAAUGGAAAUGCGUUGUGUAAAUUAAUCAUUGUGACACAAUUUUACAAGAAACAUCAAGCAGGAAUUAAAACUGUUACAGUCAAAGAUGGAAAAGCAAAGAUUACACUACCUGCUGCUGAACUUUUAAAAGAAGCAAAACUUGAAGAUUUCCCAGAAAAGGGUGAAUUAUCCAUUAAUGUGUCUGUCACUGAUGAGGCAACAGGAAUAACAGAAAAUGCAAAGGAAGAACGUAUUAAAUUCGCUUUAUCUCCAUACCGUGUAUCUCUUUUUCACAUGCAGGACUACUAUAAACCAGGAGUUGUGUAUGUAAUAGUAGCUGAUAUCUUGUACUUAAAUGGCAAACCAGCGGCGAAUAUUCCCGCUUCUGUUAAAGUUACAGAUUCUGAGAACAGAGAUGUAAAUGUACCGGAGCCAAAACAUAAAACCAAUGAAAAUGGUCGUGUCAUUUUCUAUGUCACUCCACCAUCGGAUGUUAACUAUCUGAAAGUGACUGUGACAACAAAUGAUAACAGAUAUAAAAGUGGACAGCAAGCUUCUCGAACACGCCAAACGAAUAAAUUUGCUUCUAAUAAUUUUAUUGCAAUUUCGAGAACGGAGUCAAUGAGGAAACUGAAAAUUGGAGAAAACUUUGUUGCAACUGUUUUCACUCAUCCACCAGAUCGAUUUGAAAAUUUAUUUUACGUAGUGAUGGCUCGUGGAAGAAUUCAACUUAUGAGACAUUUACAUACAGGAAAAUCGCAUCAGAAGCAAUUGGAAUUUAUCAUUACGAACGAAAUGUCACCAGUUACAAGAGUUCUCGUAUUUACUUUAAUGAAUAAAGAGCUAUUGGUUGAUUCGAUGAGAAUUGAUGUAGAAGCAAAAUGUGAACCAAAAUCAGAGGUCGUCAUAAACCCCGAUUUUCCAACAGUUGAGCCUGGCAGAGAUGGAAAAUUCAUAUUAAAAGGAGAACCAAACACUAAAGUAGGACUACUUGCAGUGGAUAAAGCAGUAUAUUCUCUGAAGAACGAACAUAGACUUACAAAAGAAAAAUUAUUUACAAGAAUAACGACAUCUGAUUACGGUUCUGGAUUAGGAGAUGGAAUGAAUUCUCUAAAGAUCCUUUCUGAUUCUGGUUUACUACUUUUUGGAAAUUUCAAAGUAGAAAAUACUCGUGAUGAACAUAUAGUAACUAAUCACUUGAAAAUAAUUAACUUCAAAGAGAAGGAUGAGGACGAAGUCGACCCUUACUUUGACGGCUUUUUAUUUGAUUAUGAUGAUAUUGAUGAAAACAUGGAAGAUGAAAUAUCAAUUCGAAGUGAUUUCAGAGAAACAUGGCUAUUCGAAGAUUACGAAAUUGGACAUAAUGGAAUUUCAGUGGUCAAUACGAAGUUACCAGACAGCAUCACCACGUGGGUGAUACAAGCUGUUAGUGUAUCACCUCAAUGGGGAAUGUGUGUUACCGAUGUCAAAGAAAUGAAAUCAUUUAAAAACUUUUUUCUCCAACUUAAUAUACCAUAUUCUCUUGUACGCAACGAACAAUUGGAUCUUCAAGCAACUGUAUUCAACUACUUUCCACAGAAAAUGCCAGUGACUGUUCACAUGUAUGGAGUGAAGAAUCUACGUAGUGGAGUAAAAGAAGGAGAGAAAAGCGAACGAAAGAGAAUCACAAUCGAACCCCAUUCUACAGGAACUGUGCAUUUUUCAAUUGUUCCAUUAGUGGCUCAGGAUUAUUUCAUUCGUGUUGUGGCUCUAAGUCCUUAUGGAGGAGAUAUUGUGGUCAGAAAAUUACAUGUAGUGGCUGAAGGUGUUACUGAAGAAAUGGAUUUUGUCACCAGUUUAGAUCCAACAAACCAACAAAAAAGGAAAAGAAGAAACAUCGUUUCAGAUGUUUUAUCAGAUAUUAUAGAUACAUCGAAGCAGCUACAAGAGAUCAAAUUUAGUCUUAAUCCUGGAAAAACGUAUAUUCCUGGAACCGAGAUGGCAGUUAUAUCUUUAAUUGGUACUGAAUAUGGACCAACAGCACAAACAGUAGUACUCGAUCCAAGAGAUUUAAUUAGAAUGCCCACUGGCUGUUGCGAGCAAACAAUGACUUACUUAGGUCCAACUCUGUACACUUUGAAUUUCUUAAAAAGUAGAGGAAAAAUUGAUUUGGAAACAGAAGAAAGAUUGUAUGAUUUUGUGGGUAAAGGAUAUAGAAGAGCAUUAACUUUUAGAAAAGAUGAUGGCUCAUUCUCUAUCUGGCCACGCAGACCAUCAAGCAUUUGGUUAACAUCAUUUGUUAUGAAACUAUUUUGUCAAGCCAGCAAACUAAUUUAUGUAGACGAAAAUGUAAUCUGCAAAGGAAUGCAGUGGAUAAUUUCUAAUCAAAACUCUGAUGGCUCAUUCGAGGAUCCUUAUCCUGUUAUAAGAAGAGAUAUAAUGCACGGAAGCGACGGAAAAGUCCCCAUGACUGCAUUUGUUCUAACCGUACUGCAACAAUGUAAAUGUAGUUCAGUAGUGAGUAUGAAUAUAAAUAAUGCCCGUCUGAAAGCGAAAUCAUUUUUGGAAAAGCAGUUUGAAUCUAUAAAUGAUUCAUAUGUUAUGGCAUUAACUGCUUACGCACUCGCAGCAACAAAUAGUCAAAAUAAACAUCAAGCAAACGAAAAACUUCUGAAGAUGUCAACAUUCGAUGAAGAAUUAAAUCAAAGAUAUUGGGCUAAAUCUUCAAAAACUGAAUCGAUAGAAAUUACUUCGUAUAGUCUUUUGACUCAGCUGGAAUUAACAAAUAUGUCAACGUCCCUCUCAAUUGUCAAUUGGUUGAAUACACAACGACUCGAUGGAGGAUACUUCCCUUCUAGUCAGUCUACAGUGAUUGCAUUACAAGCACUAUCACAAUAUUUAAUUACAUCUAAACGCAGAGACAUAUCUCUAACGUGCAAUAUUUCGACGAGUCAUAAUAAAGAAUUGGUAAAAACAACGCAAAUUAACAAUGACAAUGCCUUCGUCCUUCAACAAUUGGAGGUUAAUAAAUUAGGUGGAAUAUUAUAUUUCAACGUGAGCGGAAAGGGAGUUGGAUUAUUAUCAGUUAAAAUGAGGUAUAAUGUAGCAGAUAAGGAAAAGCAAACAUGUAAAUUUCAAACUACUGUGCAUGUUUCUGAAGUAAAUAAGCAAUUUUCAAUACAGGAAAACAAUAUUCAUUAUGAGAAAGAAAAUAAAAUUGAAGUAUCUGAAGGCCCUAAAUGCUUCAGCAGUAAUUUUCAUAGUAAACUUACACUGAAAGUUAAAAUAUGCAGCAAAUAUCUUUCCAGUAAAGAUUCCACCAUGACUAUCAUUGAUGCUGGAAUACUCAGUGGAUUCACUCCAGUUAAAGAAGAUUUAGAUAAAAUAGUCGAUGAUUAUAAAAAUCCCGUUGAUAGGUACGAAAUAGAAGACAGAAACAUAAUAUUUUAUUUAGAUCAUGUUACACAUAAAUCUCCUGUUUGUAUUGACUUUCGUGUAAAACGAGAUUAUAUUGUUGGAAAUGUGCAGUCCAGUGUUGUGAAAAUAUACGAUUAUUAUAAUAAUGAUGAACAGUGCAUUGUAUUCUACAGUCUUGACACUAAAGCAUAGCCCUGAUAAUUGGAAGGAAUGAAAAUAUGUUAAU